AUGUUUAAUCUUCUUCGUAGACUUUCAAAUGUAAAUGAAGAAGCAAUAGAAUCAAAUAGUAAUUUAAAUAAUCCCAUAUCAUCAUCAUCAUCUAAUACAAAUACAAAUAGUACUAGUUCAUUAUCUAAAAUAUUACCACCAUUAAAAGAUUCAAAAUUAUUUUCAUCUGAUUUUAAACGUAAUAAUAAUAAACAACAACAACAUGAACAUGAACAACAAAUAACAUCAGAUGAUUCAUCAGAUGAAGAUGAUGAUAUUAUGAAUAAUUUACAUUUGACACCUAAAAGUCAAUCAUUAACACAAUCAAAUCCACUUUCAACCACUUCAUCUUUAUUUACUUCUACUACACCUUCAUCAUCUGUUAAUAAUACAUCAUCAUCAUCUAAAAAUCAAUUUGGAUCAUGGUUAUUAGCUACACCACGUAGAAGUCAAUCUACCACUUCAUCACCUAUUAUAAAUAAUUCAGUAUCAAAUCAAUCAUCAUCAUCAGUUGCAUCAAAUAAUUAUAAUAAUACUUCACCAUUCAGAAGAUUUUCAGUAUUUUCAAGUAAUCAUCACAAUAAUAAUAAUAGUAGUGCAUUUGGAUUUUUAACGAGUAGGAAUUUAUCACCUUCUAUAAAUGGUAAUAAUAAUAAUUUAAAUAAUAAUUCAAAUAAUAAUUUAAAUAAUAAUAAUGGUAGUAGUAGUAGUAGUGGAGGUAAUACACCCAAUACACCCAAUACACCAAGAGGUAAUUUAACACCACGUGGUAAAUCAUCAACUCCUAAUACUCCUAAUACUCCGAAUGAAAAUAUUGAUGAAAUUUUUAAACAACAAGAAGAAUUAAAUUCAUCUUUUAAUUCUAAUCAUAAUUCUAAUAGUCAUUCUAAUAAUAAUUCUAAUAAUUCUAAUAAUAAUGAUAAUAUACUUGUACACAUUUUGAUCAUUUUGAAAAUUUUAAACAUAAUUCAUUAA